AUGCAGCCGUGGAACCCCGAUUACCUCCCCCUCUAUAAGGCUGUGAAUAAAACGAUGCAGAAGACGAGGUAUACGACGCCGGAUGCUCUGCUCAAAAGUGAGCAGGAGCUCUUUGGGCCCCUAUUAUCCAACCGUUUUGAUCACCCAACGGCUUCCCCAUUUUGCACGCGAUACUGCGACCUAACUCUCGUUCCAGCUCCAUACAUGCUUCCCGAAGGUAGCAUCCCUUUUUCAACGCCCGUCGCAGGAUCUGUUUUGAUGAGUGCUAACGCAUCCACCAAAGCAACCAUCACGGCCCUUCAUGACCUCCCGGGUUAUCUGGAGCAGCUUCAGCAGAAGUGA